AUGCCUAUCGACCGCCAGCUCUUUACCACCCUCCACAAAGUCACCGUCAAUGUCCCCAAUGCCACUCUCAAGCCCACCUUGGAAGCCAUUUUGGAGGCAAUGGAUCGUGUCCCUGUUGAAACUACAAAGGAGACCCUUAGAGGUUACUUGGCAGAUCUCGAGGAUCUUAUGCAAAUGGAGGCUGAUUGUGAAGCUCUAGUCCCACAGCAACAACAACAAGAACAAGAAGACAUUGAAGACGAAGACGUCGAAGAAGAAAUCGUCUACUUGACUCCUACAGAAGAUGAAGCCUCUGAGGUCGAGGAACUCCAACCCUGGGAAGUUGCAAUGCGUCAGGACCCUUUCUACCGCAAUUUUUGGUCCACAAGUAACCAACUAGCCAAAGUCUACAAAAAGUUCCAUACUUUGGCUACCCCUAGACAUGGUGCUCCUCUCACUUCGGUCAUCCUUGAGCUGAAUACCACUACGGUUGCUACUGCAUCAGCUUGUUGCAUUCACCUAGACCAAGAUAUAGAAGGCAUCAACUUUUUUAGUUAUAUCCGUAACUACAAUGAACAGCGACCAGAGCAAAUCAUCCACCAUGCAAUCAGCGGAACACCCUUCGAAGCCUUAGAUCAAAAAUUGAUAAAGUCCGUCCAUGCCAUCUUGUGCGCUUACCUCCACUACAAGAAUGGCGGUAAUCUGAAUCAACUUGGCUACAAGAGAGAACUGAAUGAAUUGGCGAAAGUUGGAUUGCCAAGAUCGGCCAAGCCUAGCCAUACAAUAACUGUCGGUUAUCGUAUGCUGGCUUUCUACAAGCAAGCUGGCGCCUGGCCAAUCCUCUUUUCAGACAAGUUUAACUGGCCUUUCUUCCUCUCCGUACUUCUCCUCGGACAACUGGGCCUAUUUGGAGGAAAAUGA